GAGGUAGAUACCACAAGAGAUGGGUAGGAUCCUCAAAUCCUGCUUCCAGACAAGCUUCUUAUCCUCGGGACUGCCGCCUCUGGUGUAUGCUUGUUGUGAGCUGCCGGACUCAACAUCGUUGAUGAACUCUGGUCCGACAUCCUUCUCGUUGGUGUUGGUCAUGGUAGAGGAAAUGAGAUGGAAAGUAUGAUCCGGGGUAAAUCUGGGGAAGACGCUCCCAGAUAUAUACACUGAUGUUCGACCAGAAAGAUCGAUGCCGAAUUAUCCAGAGGAGUUGUUGAGAGAUGGGAAGAGCAAACGAAAAGAUACGUUGUCGGGCGCCGGCCCCAACCACCGCUUCUGUAGGAUGCAGAUCGGACCAUUUUAAGCGCUGGUGUAACCCCCGCAGGACCCCACAUAGACGAUCCUUCGGACCCCACAGCCGAUUGUCUUCCCCAUAUCUGUCCUGUCGGCCCCUACGACCGUCGACCGCUGCUGCAUCAAGUCAGCAUGCAAACUACUAACUGCGAUCGGUGCUAUCACCGGAAAAGCAAAUGCGACCGACUACAGCCCUGCACAUCCUGCAACAAAGGCGGGGCACAAUGCGUCUACACUGACCGGGCAAAAGCGAGGGCUGUGCGACCGGAUGAGGUGGACCGACUAGAGAGACGCCUCGCUCAAGCUGAGAACCGGAACAAGUCACUGGUUGCUGAACUAUCGAGAAUCAGAUCUACCGGUCCGCCGAGAAACGACGAGAACGAUCGAAUUGACCCGGUCCAGGAGCCCGAACCGUCCGACUACUCAGUCAGAAGAAGUGAUGUCGCAGCUCAGGUCUCUAUCUUAUCAACAAGUGCUGCUGGCGAACGGCAAUACCUAGGCUCUACGAGUGGUGUACUUUUUGCAGAUCUAGUGAGAGCGAGCGUUGAUGCCCCUUACUCGAGGCACCCUUCACCACCAGGGACGAUACACACAGUCGAUUCUCCUGAAACUUGCGAAGACAUCCCCGCCAAUUUACCACGAGAAUUACCACCGGAGAAACUGGCUCGGAAGCUCGUACAAGCUUAUCUCGAUCACGACUUUCUCUGCUACCCUUUCCUUAUUCCUUCUGAGAUACACAGGAUGUUAGAAUGUCUCUACAGCUCAGGAGUGUCGAGUCUGACACCUUAUGAGCUGUUUGUUGUGGAUAUGCUAUUUGCGAUCAGUACAGCUCAAGUUUCCAAGUACGACUGGCGCCAAUUGCCUAGCGCAGAGAGUCAUCAUGCCAGAGCGAUGGCUACGAUCGGGAAUGUGCUUCGUUUAGGAGGACUGCAAGCUCUGCAUGCCAUCUUGUUACUUUGUCAGUACAGGACCGGAAGUUCAAUCCAGGAUAACUCGGGUUCAAUGUGGCUACUAGUUGGCAUAGCAGCUCGUAUAUGCUUCGAGAUGGGCUUGCACAAAGAAUCAGUCUUCCAACUGCAGGGACCUGGCCAUGACGAUGAUACAGCUAGGCGUUACCUGCUGCAGGAAAGCAAAAGAAGAUCUUUUUGGAGUGUCCUUUGUAUGGACAGGAUAACUUCACUUAUCCUUGGAAGACCUUGUGCCAUUCGGGAUGAGGAUUUUGAUCACACAUGUCCAGAUACAGAUAAAACCAUCUCAAUCAUGCCCAACGCAGCGGAAGAAGCGGCAAGACCAUUCGUGUUCAGACACAUUGUGUCUUACCGGCUACUUUGCGGACGGAUUGUGUCUGCUCUCCAUCGGAAAAAGGCUCCGAAUGUCAAACAACAAGACGUUUUACGAUUGCGGCAAGAGCUCUGCGAAGACCUGGACCGAUGGAAACAGGAAGUCGAGGACCUGCACCUCGAGCAGAAUAUUCAAAAUUCUUCCUUAUCCUCUUGUCAUCUUUCGACGGAGUGGUACAAUAUGCUGUACUCCAAUGCGAUGCUAAUCCUUUGGCGUCCCUCGCCACUCCUGCCUGACGUCUCGCAUGAUGCGGCAUCCUUGCAGCACAUUUUUGACUCUGCAAAACAAAGCAUUACAAUUUAUGCUAGUCUUCACAAAUCUCGCAAGAUCAACUAUAGCUGGAUCACAUUGCAGUCUGUCUUCCUGGCCGGUCUUUCUUAUGUCUACGCAUGUGGUCGACACUUCCGCUCACGUUGGCGCAAUCCUUCUGAACCGUCGUUGCAAAAAGAUCCAACGACAAUUGAAGUCGUCAAUGACACGAGAGCUUGUUCAAACGUGCUAGUGGCUGUCUCUGAACGGUGGAAUGCGCUGCGUAACUGCCACGAGGUCUUUGACCGUCUCGCUGAUGCUGUUUUGAGUGAUGCUAUCAAGCUUCAAACAGCUCAAGCUCAACAGAUGGUUCAGCCAACCUUACAGCCUGCAGUAAAUAACAACAGCUUUGCUGGAAAUAUUAUGACGGUAACUCGAGACACGACCACCUUCUCGCCCCUGGCUGUGGACACGGAGUUCUUGCAUUGUUUCGAUGACCUGCAGCAUUUGUAUAACACGCAGCAAAUCGAAGACCCGAUCAUGGAGUUGAGUCAGGAUUGGCUGGGAUAUCUAGGAAAUGAAAAUGAAUUUGCGGAGUCUGUGUAUCAAAUGCCUGGAUACUGAAAGUUCAUAGCACAAUCAAUAUCAUAAGAGGAGC